AUGACCAAGUUCUUCCUUCGCAUCAUACUCGCGCUCGUUCUGAUGAAUGGAUGUAGCAGUCUCUCGGCUCCGUUUGAUAAAAAGAUGAUGAAGUUGACAACGCCGAGCCACGACCACGUCACUCCGUCGGAACUGGUUACGAAACGGAUGCUUCGAGUAACCAGUGUCAUCGAUGUAGUCGCUGGGGACGGACAAGAAGUUGCAAAGCUCGAGCCAGAGAUAGAAAAGGCAUUUAGUCGUUCCAAGACCAAGUUCCAGGAGUGGAAACCUGCUCAACGGGUUAAAAAGCUCGGGCCAAGGGUAAAGAAGGCUUUUGGUCGUCUCAAGACCAAUUAUCGGGAGUGGGAACCUGGCCAACAGGUUAAAAAGCUUGGGUCGAGGAUCAAGAAGGCUUUUGGUCGUCUCAAGACCGACUACCAGGAGUGGAAUCCUGUCCAACAAUUUAAAAUGAUCAAGAAAACUACAAAGAUCGCUGCCAAGUUGAUAAAGUGGUACGUUAUUGUGCAGAUGAAGAUAGAGGCGUUCAUCAAAUGGAUCCGUGAACUGUUUGGCCUUAAAACGUAA